AUGGCAUUCUUCGCCAGAGUCUCUGACCCGCGAAUUGGGGGAUCUUAUAUGACGUUCCUCAACACCAUGUCGAACAUCGGCUCGCAGGUAGCGCAGUGGCCGCGUGCUGUGAGUCUAUGGCUAAUGGACUCGCUAUCCAUCAAGGACUGCACUGGAAUUGACUUAUCUCUCGCUGGAGCAACAUGCCCAGUGGUUUUGGAUGGGUACUUCGUCCAAGUGGCUGCCUGCGUCAUCCUCGGCUUGUGCUGGACGGCUGUCUUCUGGCCUCGAGUGCGACGGCUGCAGGAUAUCCCUUUGCGUUGUUGGCGUGUCACCCUCUCGCCGCCUCCCACUGCUGAAUCUGCAGUAGAAAUGACAACAUGCGAACGCGAGGGAAAGGCAGCGGCAGAAACAAAGAAGGAAGAGUGA